UCGGACUUUGGUGUAUCUUUGUAUACGCUUGACACGGAUACUGGGGCGCCAGUCCUCAUGCGAAGACAGGGGAGAUGAUCCGUCCAUAUUAUUGAUUUCAGCGCGCGCUUAUGACCAAGCGAGGGGCGUUUAGCUUAGAUCAGCGCUAAUUUGAAUUGUAUUGAAACGCUAUAAUAACGGCCAUCUUCCCAUCUUCCAUUUCCCCCUUUCAAGUCCGCCCCAUGUCUCGCGUGUCUGUGUCCCCCACUGACUUGCCAAUGGUCCCUCGUCAUACACCUUAUGAGAAAAAAGAAAGAGAGAAAAUGUCCAGGUCGAGGAACGGGUGCCUCACCUGCCGCAUCCGGCGCAAGGUGCGUAGCAUAAUGUUCCGCAGUUCCGCAUUCCGCACACUGAAUCGGUAUAUGUCCAGAAAUGCACUGAACUGAAAGAUGCCGAGGGGUCCUGUGAAGCUUGUAGCCGUCUUAGUAUUGAGUGUUUGGGGUAUGCAGAGAAGCGCCCGGCUUGGAUGAAGGUAUCAAGGCCCCUAUGUCUCACUUUCGAUAAAGCUGAUAGGACGAGCACAAACCAAAUUUCGGACGUAGGAUCAUACUAAGCUUGAGGCCUGCAAGAAGGAGAUCAGAUGUUGGUUAGCAGAAAGAGGUUCACAGCGCCCGAAAG